UGACUAUUUUUUUUGUUUAUUAUAUCAUAUGAUUUAAAAAAAAACCAAAAAAAUAGAAAAUCACAGCGACGCCAAACGAAUCCGUUUACAUGUUUAGAAGUUAUUUGAUUGGUGAGAGGUUACUUGAUCAUGCGUUACUUAGUCGAUUAAAGGUUAUUCGGUUUUUGGUGUCUCAGACUCUAGGUACACCAAAAAUGCAUCAUAAAAUCAAAUUAAAAGCUUCCACUAGGCAAACGGAAAAAAAAAAAAAUCCCCAAAUUGAUUAAAAACAAUAAAACAAAGAAUAAUAAAAAUCACAGAUCUGCAGCAGCAGCUUCUUCUUCUGUGAGUACAAGUUCGUCAAACAUCACCAAACUCCCCAAAAAUAAAAAAAUCCAACUGACAUUCAAAUGACAAUGUAUAGAAAUCCAAUUUCUGAAUCCCAUGAUUUUCAUUUUCUCUCUCCUCUGAACUGAAAUGCAGCCAGGAAUUGGAGCAUCUUCAUCAUCUUCAUCAUCGCCAUUUUCGUUGAGUCCUUUACCUUUCAUUUACAGUUUUAAUGGCGAAUUAAGCAAUACCUCCGUUGAAGGUUUCGACAGUUCUAGGGUUUUUUUCUUGGCUUCUUUGUGGUUGUUUCGAGGCGUUGGCGGUGGUGGCAGCAGUGGUGGUUCAAUGGAUUUUUCUAAGGUUGGAGAGAAGAUUCUGAGCUCGGUUCGCUCUGCUCGGUCUCUUGGUUUUCUACCGGCGGCAUCCGAUCGUCCCGAGGUUCCUGCCAGGGCAGAAGCAGCAGCAGCUGUUGCUCGAGCUCUUGCAACUCUGCCCCCUGAUCAGAGGUUAAGUCUCCCAUCAAGUUCGGCCGAACUGAGUUCCAUGUACGGAAGCAGAUCUCAUGAUCCAGUUGCUGAGGAAUUAGAAGAAGAAUUUUAUGAAGAGGAUUUUGAUCCAGUUAUGUUUGUUCUGGAGCAUAUUCCCUCAGAAGACGAUGAGUUGGAACAUUACGAAACCAAGGCUACUGUUAGGCUAGCCCAACUGGAGAAAAUAUCUGCACAUUUAUCCCGCCAUGUCAUGGAGCAUCAUGAAGAAAUGGUAAGGGGUAUGCAGUUGGUCAGAGAAUUGGAGAAGGACUUGAAGAUUGCCACCGUGAUCUGCAUGAAUGGGAGGAGGCACCUAACUUCUUCUAUGCAUGAGGUUUCAAGGGAUCUCGUUGUUACAGAAAGUUCAAGAAAGAAGCAAGUUCUCUUGGAUGUGCUUCCAGUAUUAACAGAAAUCCUCCAUGCUCUGGACAUGCAGAAAGAGCUUGAAACGCUCGUUGAGGAAGGGAAUUUCUGUAAGGCAUUUCAAGUACUUUCUGAAUAUUUGCAGCUUCUAGAUUCUCUUACAGAGCUUUCAGCUAUACAAGAAAUGAGUCGCAGUGUUGAGGUUUGGUUGGGGAACACUCUUCAGAAGCUGGAUUCUUUAUUGUUACAAGUUUGCCAGGAUUUCAAAGAGGAGAAAUAUGUAACUGUGGUUGAUGCUUAUGCAUUGAUUGGGGAUGUGUCUGGUCUUGCUGAAAAGAUACAGAGCUUUUUCAUGCAGGAAGUCCUUUCAGAGACUCAUUCUGUACUAAAGACUACAGUUCAAGAGGAUCUGGAUACAGACAGUCUUCAAUAUAGUUCGAGACUUACCUACAGCGACCUAUGUCUCCAGAUACCAGAAUCUAAGUUCCGACAGUGUCUGCUAAGAACACUAGCUGUACUUUUUAGGCUGAUGUGCUCUUAUCAUGCUAUAAUGAGUUUCCAGACAGAGAACGAGUUUCCUGUUUCCAGGGUGCAAGAUAACUCGAAUGAGCAAUUUGAUAAUUCUCAGAAACCAGUAGAGGUUCAAUCAAUGAGUUUAGGUUCAGGAGCUUAUGAGUAUAGAGUAGAUAAUGGAUCUUCAGUUGCCGCUGCUGAGAUGUUGGAACGUUCUUCUACUGGUGAAUAUGCAAGCAGUUCUACUGAUGCUUCUGGUACUAAUGGCUCCCUUCCUGAAAAUUCCAACGACUUGUCUAAUUUGCCACUGGAUGAUGAUGCUGUGUCCAAUAGUGGAUCUCCUUGGUAUGAACUGCGAAGGGAUGCAACAGCUCUUGUUUCUCAGUCUCUUCAGAGGGGAUGUAAAAAUUUUUGGCAGCUUAUGACAAGUCGUGUAUCAGUAUUGCUUUCAUCAGCUGCAUUUUGUUCAACAAGCAUUCACCAAUUUCUCAAAAAUUAUGAGGAUUUAAAUGUAUAUGUUUUAGCUGGGGAAUCAUUCUGUGGUGCUGAAGCUUCUGAGUUCAGGAAAAAACUGAAGGCUGCAUGUGAAAAUUACUUUAGUAACUUUCAUAAGCAGAAUAUAUAUGCAUUAAAGAUGGUUUUGGAAAAGGAAAGUUGGCAGAAAUUGCCUCGUGAUGCUAUUCAAGUUGUCAGUUUUGCUGGUCUUGUUGGUGAUGGAGCACCUUUAAUUUCUUCCUUAGAUUUUGGCUCAAUGAAUGCUGGGCUACAUCAAUCUAACAAAUUAGUGCCUUCUGGUGAAUUUGGGUCUCGAAAGAGUGGAUUUUCUCAUUGGAUUAAAACUGGAAACCCUUUCUUAACGAAAGUUUCCUCUCCUACAAACUGUCAUACAUCAUCUCCAUUUGUUGACGGAACAUCAGGUUCUGUAGAACCUGAUAAUUCAGCUACUGGAUCUGAUACUACUGAGAAGGUUACUCAUGUUGAAAUUAACAUAAAUCAUUCCAAUGGUCGGGCUUCUAUUCUAGAUGAUGAAAACGAAGAUCUUCUUGCUGACUUCAUUGAUGAAGAUAGUCAACUCCCUAGCCGAAUAUCUAAGCCCCACCUUCCGCGCAAUCACUCUUCACAAUGGAGAGAUGAUGAGGCUGCAGCACAAACAGGAUCUUCACUUUGUCUCUUGAGGUUCAUGGACAAAUAUGCUAGGCUUAUGCAGAAGUUAGAAAUUGUUAAUGUUGAAUUAUUCAAGGGAUUAUGCCAAUUUUUUGAGAUCUAUUAUUACUUUGUCUUUGACACAUUUGGCCAUCAAGACAGCUGUGCAAACGGAAGAGGUGAUGCCGAGACUCUUAAUCAUCGUCUGAAGACAGCUGUUAACAGAAUAACUCAAGACUGUGAACAAUGGUUAAAGCCUAAUCUGCAUUAUUCUUCAAUAUCGAUGCCUGUGUCUCUAAAUUCAUCAUCCAAAAACAUGGAUCUUACACCUACAGUUCCUCCUGGCACAAAUUUCGGCCAAUCUCCAGGACUCAAGGAAACUUGUGCAGCUGUUGAUACAGUAUCUCUUGUUGCGAGCAUAUUGCGUAGGUCAAAGGCUCAUCUUCAGUCCAUGCUUUUGCAAAAUAAUCCAACUGUAGUUGAAGAUUUUUUUGUGUUUCUGGUUGAUUCUGUUCCGGACCUCACAGAGCACAUCUAUAGAUCAACUGCAAGAUUGCUUCUUCACAUCAAUGGGUAUGUUGAGCGUAUCGCCAAUGCUAAAUGGGAAGUUAAAGAGCUUGGAAUGGAGCACAAUGGUUAUGUUGAUUUGCUUUUGGGAGAGUUCAAACACUACAGGACAAGGCUUGCUCAUGCGGGAAUUCACAAGGAGCAGGUUCAAGAGCUUCUUUUGGAAUAUGGUGUUGAAAUUGUAGCAGAGACACUUGUUGAGGGACUAUCACGUGUAAAAAGGUGUACUGAUGAAGGCCGAGCUCUAAUGUCAUUGGAUCUACAGGUGUUAAUUAAUGGACUUCAACACUUUGUGUCAAAAGAUGUAAAACCAAAAAUGCACAUAGUUGAGACAUUCAUUAAGGCAUACUACCUUCCAGAAACUGAGUAUGUUUACUGGGCUCGUGCACACCCGGAAUAUACUAAAAGUCAAGUUGUCGGGUUAGUUAACCUUGUAGCAACUAUGAAAAGUUGGAAGAGAAAAACGAGACUGGAAGUUAUUGAGAAGAUAGAGUCGUCUGCAUGAUUGAGUUGGAUACAAUGUUAGGGUUUUCUGUAUUUAAUCAUCUUGUUUUUUUUUUUUUUUUUUUUUUUUUUUUUUUUUUAUUAUUAUUAUUUAUUUAUUUUUAAAUGUAAAUUGGAGAGUAUUUUAUCUUCAAUUUUUCUGUAGAUAGAAGCUGUACAUCAUGUAAUUUCCAUUUUGUAAUAUAUGGUGGUGGUUUGGAAUCACCCCUUAUGAAAGCACAAACAAGAACAACUAUGUAAUUUUGGAUCACAUUGAAUAUCACUAAGCAUAUAAUAGAAAAAUUUUCCACA